AAAAAAAUUGGGUUUCCUGUUUUGUUCCUUCUGAGAAUACCUUUUGGUACUGCAUUAGUGCAUUAGCAUUCUUUCUUUUCCUCUGUCUCAACUCUCAAGGCCCAAACCUACCGCCCAAGCAAAGCAAACACAAGAAGUUAUGGAUAACCAACCCUAUGAGCUUAUUCUUUCUUCUUCCGCCUCUGCCAAGGAACCACCAACCCUCCUCCUCCAUAACCCCAAUCUGAAUAGCUCACUGGAAACUUGGAAAGUCUAGACAUUCAGCAAUAGAGACUGCAGAAAGGAGAAGUUAUGAGUUAUUGCCCUAAAAACAACCUCUUAAAUCUACUCAGAAGAGGUUCCAAGUUUUUUCGAAAGGCCUCCAACUCUGCUGCUCCCACCGCAGCUCCCACUUCCACACCUGGACAAGCAUCCUCCUUUGCUGCUGGCAUUUCUUCAACAUCGGCCAUAAAUGAUCUCCAUAUCCUCAAAACAAGAUUGUGCAUCAUUGGAAGUGGCCCAGCUGCCCACACCGCUGCCAUAUAUGCAUCACGUGCAGAGUUGAAACCCAUCCUUUUUGAGGGGUGGAUGGCCAAUGGCAUUGCCCCUGGCGGUCAGCUCACCACGACCACUGACGUGGAGAACUUCCCAGGAUUUCCAGAUGGAAUUAAUGGCAUUGAGCUCAUGGACCGUUGCCGCAAGCAGUCACUCCGCUUUGGCACUCAGAUUCUAACCGAGACUGUCAACAAGGUGGAUUUCUCCACCACCCCUUUCAAGGUCUUCACUGAUUCUAAGGCUGUCAUUGCUGAUUCUAUCAUUGUGGCAACGGGUGCCGUCGCCAAGCGAUUAGACUUCCCAGGCUCUGGUGAGGGCCCAGGAGGGUUUUGGAACCGAGGGAUAUCAGCUUGUGCUGUGUGUGACGGUGCUGCACCCAUUUUCAGGAACAAGCCCUUGGCAGUAAUUGGAGGAGGCGAUUCAGCCAUGGAGGAGGCCACAUUCCUGACCAAGUAUGGGUCCAUUGUGUACAUCAUCCAUAGGAGAGAUACAUUUAGGGCUUCAAAAAUUAUGCAGCAGAGGGCCUUGACUAAUCCUAAGAUUCAAGUUCUAUGGAACUCAGCGGUCGUGGGGGCAUAUGGGGAUGAAAACACUAAUAAUAGGGUCUUGGGGGGGUUGAAGGUGAAGAAUGUGCUGAGCGGGGAGGUUUCAGAUCUCAAGGUAUCUGGAUUGUUCUUUGCGAUAGGGCAUGAGCCAGCCACCAAGUUCUUAGAUGGUCAGCUGGAACUUGAUUCUGGUGGCUAUGUUGUCACAAGGCCAGGGACCACCCUGACUAGUGUGCAUGGAGUUUUUGCUGCCGGAGAUGUCCAGGAUAAGAAGUAUAGGCAGGCCGUUACUGCUGCCGGAACUGGUUUGUCAAUAUCCUCUAUCUCCCCCCUUCAUCAUUUAAAUUUCGAUUUUAGAAUUUUUAUGUUUGCAGCACAGCUUUUCUUCAUUUUAUUUGGGAUUAUAUGUUUUGUGUGGGUAAUAAUGUGUGUUUGUAUCUGUUACUGUUUUUUGCUGGGUCAAAAUUAUGUGUAUCUCAUUAAUAUAAUGCUAAACUUAAUUUCCUGCUUCACUUCUCUUCUGUACUGCUUACUUAGAAGCAUAUUAGAACUGCGAGUUGCUGGUUCACAUGUUUCUUUGUUCUUGAUCAAAUUGCCCUCCAGAUAAUAAAGCGUCUGACUGCAAGAAUAGAGAAUAUUUAUGCUUUCUAAAUUUGCCAGUGUCUCUAACUUGCUUGUUGCAUUAUGGUAUUUUCCAUGUGCAACACAUUAAUGAAUGUAGUUACCCUUUACCGAUGAAACUAAUAAUAAUCAAAAGGAAAUUUUAAGAUUUUUUUUUUGACUCCCUCCUAAUAGGUAUAUAGUUAAGAAGGUUCUAAAAAGUUCUGUUUCCUGCCCAUUCUAUGCUUGUGGAUUUAAAAACAAAAUUAGUCUAACCUUGUGUGACUGUGUACUUUUUUUGUUCUUCUUUAUCAAAAUGAUGAAACUUGUGCUCUAGGGUUGCGAAGAAAGUAAUCCAUUUACGAUAUGUUUGACAUGGCUUGAUCACCAUCUCUCUAUGCAAUUGGAUGACUGUUGGAGUCUUGAUUCAAGCACAUUCUUUUGAGAUGCUAAGCCCAUUCUUGAGUAAACCCAAGCUGAUCUAACUUAGCUUUUAAGAACAUGGAGUAUUUAGAAAUGUGAAUUUUAAAACUUGAUUAUGCCCACCCAUUUUUGACCCCUUAAAAUAAUGGGUUGUUCACUUCAAGGGUGAGCUGGACUCUGGCUUUUUUUAGUGCUUGGUGACCUGAGAUUGAGUGACAUGUAUGUAUGAUUUUUGCGCAAAUGUAAAUUAAGCUUGUGCAUGACUUUAAUCUCACAAACUGAACUUAUCACAAGAUACUUGACUAGGCUUGGAUUGUUUUGUCUUUUUAAAUGUGAUUUAC